GUUUUGGUUGAAGAGUCGUUUCUUAAGAGAGGUUUGCUGGGGGGUUGAGGAGGAUCUUUCCCUUUGCUUCUACCCUUUGGCUUUUACAUCCCUCUUCUCACUACUUCCCCUUUCUUUGUCAACGCACCAAUAAACCUCAAUUCUCCAUCUUUUCUUUCUUUCUUUUUUUACUCCUUAGUUUUUAUUUUCAUCUGUUUACUUUUUGAACAUAAAUCUGAUCGUAGAGGAUCUCAUUCUCAUGGCCACCACUGGAAACAAGAACAUCAAUGCUAAAUUAGUUCUACUUGGGGAUGUUGGAGCUGGGAAGUCUAGCCUUGUGUUGCGCUUUGUUAAAGGACAAUUUGUUGAAUUUCAGGAAUCAACCAUAGGUGCAGCUUUCUUUUCCCAGACAUUGGCCGUGAAUGAUGCAACUGUAAAGUUUGAGAUAUGGGAUACAGCUGGGCAAGAAAGGUAUCACAGCUUGGCACCAAUGUACUACCGAGGAGCUGCAGCUGCGAUUAUUGUGUAUGAUAUGACCAAUCAAGCUUCAUUUGAAAGAGCCGAAAAUUGGGUUCAAGAACUUCAAGCACAAGGCAAUCCUAAUAUGGUAAUGGCACUGGCCGGGAACAAAGCUGACUUACUGGAUGCAAGGAAGGUGGCAGCAGAGGCAACACAAACUUAUGCUCAGGAGAAUGGUCUUUUCUUCAUGGAAACUUCUGCAAAGACCGCAUCCAAUGUCAAUGAACUUUUCUAUGAAAUAGCUAAAAGAUUACCUGGAGUGCAGCCAGCACAAAAUCCUGCUGGAAUGGUUCUCAUGAAUAGACCUUCAGAACGGACUGCAACUGCAUCUUGUUGCUCUUAGGCGAUGGUCGUUGUUUUCCCACCUGUAUCAUCUAAAUAGCUCUUGUAAUGCUCUCUGGCUCUGCAACCAAAGUUUUAUCUUUCCUUUGCCCUGUUUGUACUAUUCUUUGAGAGCUGUACAUGCGUGUUGUCUAGAGGCAUUGAUAUAAACCCGUUUAUUGCAUUGGAGAUUGGUUUUUCUUGUAAUUAAAGUGUGGUAAUGCUAUGUUUCACGGCCAUAGUACGACCUGCAUGUUCAAAUAAAAAUGCUUGCCUGUGUUGACUUGGCUGCUCCUUUACAA